GAUUUAAAUCGAACACCCUCGUUUUUCUUUUGCCGUCUUUUUGUCCGUCGCUUGAGUUUACUACGAAAAUUUUAGAUGGGAGAUCUUCACAUGGAAGCCGAUGCCGAAGCAGAAGCAGAAUCAGUUAACGGUCAUAGUAGCAGCGAUGAUGAUAGAAAAAGGCUGGAUAUUUACCCUCUAAGUUGUUACUAUUUUGGAUCCAAAGAAGCCAUUGUUUUCAAGGAUGAAACUCUGUAUGAUCGUAUUAAUAGGAUGAAAUCCAAGUAUGCGGCUUAUGGAUUGAGGACUUGUGUAGAAGCUGUUAUUCUGGUUGAGUUGUUCAAGCAUCCUCAUCUGCUGCUGCUGCAAGUUAGAAAUUCGUUCUUUAAGCUUCCUGGUGGUCGUUUGAGGCCAGGUGAAUCAGAUAUCGAUGGACUGAAACGGAAGCUUUCCAGGAAGCUUUCUGCCACGGAAGAUGGCUAUGAAAGUGAAUGGGAGGUGGGAAAAUGUCUUGGCAUGUGGUGGCGGCAUGAUUUCGAAACGUUAAUGUAUCCUUACUUGCCUCCCAAUGCAAAAAAACCCAAGGAGUGCACCAAACUCUUCCUUGUGAGGUUACCCGAAAGUCGAAAAUUUAUUGUACCCAAAAACAUGAAAUUGCUUGCAGUUCCACUGCGCCAAGUUCAUGAAAGUCACAAGACGUACGGACCGAUAAUAUCAGGAGUGCCACAGUUGCUAUCCAAAUUCUCCAUCAACAUUGUUGACAUUUAGAACAUUUGCUUAUUUAGCAUAAUCCUUGGGUGUCAGUUUAAAUAAUAGGAACAGUGAGAGGAUAUGUGUUUUAGCUGGAGUAAGUUUUCAAUCUUGAGUUUGUAAUUUUUCAUGAAAUUUUCGGACACACUUGUAUAUAGUAUAUACUAUACAAUAGUUUUCUUACAGGACGUGAUACACUAACAUUGAGCUCAACAAUAUUAAAUUUAUCAUGUUUGUUUGUGUAUUUCUUUU